UCGAGCACCCCUCGGCGUCCAACAGUGCCCAAUAGAUACGGGCGCAUUUCGGGCAACAAUGCAGGAUGUGAUUAUCAAGAGACGUCAUUGUUAGUGACGAGGCAGAAUUGAACGAUCAAUCGAACAAGUGAAGCUAGUGCUGGAGAGCGUUUUCUUAAAGUGCAUAUUCAUUUAUAUGGCAAGCUUAUAUUGAUUUUAAGAUUAGGUAGAUACAGUGGAAUAGAAAGGGUAACCUAGUUUAACCAAUAUUCAUCUAACCUAAAAUUACAAUUCACAUUGUCGAAAUUAGUACGGAGGAGAAACUGUAAAAUUUUAAAGCUGAUCCAACUUGAACGGCGUUUACAAACGGGUCUGCUAGAGAAAACAGUUUUAACAUCCUUUAAAAUUUUACAAAAGGCACUUCCCUAAAGAUGGCUAGUUACGGGAACGACUCGCAAGUGGAAAACAAUUGUGCUUUAUGUGCUCAACCCGACGAACAUGACGAUAUGGUGGCGUGUGAUUCUUGCCACUUAUGGCACCACUAUUCAUGUGUAAAGGUCACUGCUAGUGUUCAAGAUCGGAAAUGGCACUGCCCCUCCUGCGAGCCCCUUUGCGAGGGCCGAACAAAUAAAGUUCAAGAAAAGGAUAGCGAAAACAAUUUUCCUAAUUCUAACGUCCUAGGUGUCCAAAUGAGGAGUGAAAAGUCUUUGGCCAAUAGUAAAAGCUCUCGUAGAUCUAAAAAGCUAAUCGGGGAAAGCAUAACGUCCAGCACACGUGUUCGCUUGGAACUGGAAUUGAAAGCGGUAGAAGAACAACGCCUUUUGCAAGAAGAAGAGCUGGCGGAAGAAAUGAAGUGGAAGGAAACGCAACGAAAACUCGAAGAGGAAUUUCGUGAAAAGGUGUUGGCAAUCGAAGCAAAGCGGAUCAACGAGGAAAAAAGAGCAUUGGAGCAGAAAAUGGCAGAUGAGAGGGAGUAUAGAAGGCAACAGAUGGCGAUAAGGAAGCAAUCGGCGGAGGAGAAAAACAAGCUUAUUCAGCAGGCUUCCGAGUACAAUAGCAGUCAUGGUAGUAUUACCAGUAGCGGUGUUAGUUUUACCAAAAGUAGGGACAAGGUGAAAGAUUGGCUGAAAAAUACAAACCAGCAGAUAGAGGGAACAAAACAAGCUUCCACGUCAGCAGUUAAACCCAGCGCAGAUCUAAAUCAAGUAGUACCCUUAAAUCGUGCAAAUAAGAAAAUGAACACUGUGAUUAAUUCGCAACUUCCAACCCCUAAUAAUGUCGUCUCUCAACAUGGUGAUGUUGUUAAGCCAUCAGUUAGUCAGAGAGUACAAGAAACACAAAAUCAAACGAAUCAAUUAAAUAAACCAAACAAUUAUAGUAAAGAAACGUCAAAUAUAAGUGCUAGGUCGCGAGUGCAAGACUAUGCUUCGGAGAUUUGUUCCGCAAUUGAAUCUGAGAACAAUUUCGAUAGGAAUAAUUAUGUUGAUCAUAGCCAAUGUGGUCCAACAAAUAGUCAGGUGGAAUAUGAGGCCAGUGACCAGCAAUCGAUUCAGCACAAUCCAGAUAAAAUCCGGGAUCGCAGGAAGGACGAUAACCUCGAAGGCCCAACGAGCCGACAGUUAGCUACUAGACAGGUUAUCGGGAAGGAUUUACCGAUAUUUUCGGGCAAUUCAGAUGAGUGGCCAAUAUGGAUUAGCAACUUUCAACGGUCCACGACAAGUUGUGGAUUUUCUGACGAUGAAAAUCUUAUCCGUCUCCAACGCUGCCUAAAGGGUCCAGCCCUUGAAGCAGUACGAAGCCGUUUGCUUAGUCCGGCAGGUGUACCACAUAUAAUUAAAGCCUUGCAGAUGCGUUACGGACGACCAGAAACACUGAUUCGUGCUUUGACGGAACGGGUUUGCAGGUUGCCGCCACUAAAAGCCAAUGAACUGGAGAGUAUUAUAGAAUUCGGACUGGCGGUGGAUAACUUGGUACAACAUCUCAAAAACGUUGGGUAUCAAACACAUCUGUCCAACCCAUCACUAUUGCAGGAUUUGGUAGGAAAAUUACCGGUCGAUUAUCGUCUAAAGUGGGCAGCAUUCAAAAGCGAAAAACAAGAUGUGGAUUUAGGUACGUUUGGACAGUUCAUGUCUAAUCUAGUCGAGCUUGCUUACAAUGUGGCAGAUGACAUUCCUUGUGCAAAAUCUCAAAAAUCGAAGUAUCGGGAAAGGUCGUUCGUGCACACUCAUGCAGAGACAGGACCUUCGUUUAAAAAUGAAUUACACAGUAAACAGACGUUAACCGGAAGACUGCCAAAAAAACCGUGUGCAGUUUGCAAUGCAGAAAGCCACCGAGUAUCGGAGUGCAUCAAAUUUAAAGCGAUGAAUAUAGACGGAAGGUUGAAGGCGACCGAUCCAGAGCAAGAACUCAACCAACUAGUACGAGAUUACAUCACACUGGACGACGCUGGUGUAAAAUAUCCUUAUGCUCCACAGGAGUCCGAUGAAGAUAGACGUGCUCGAAUAAUAAUGGAGUCUACUACACGCAGAAUCGAUGGAGGCUUUGAAACGGGCUUGCUUUGGAAAUGUAACAACCCGACGUUUCCGGAUAGUUACGGAAUGGCGUAUAAACGGAUGUGUUCUCUAGAAAGACGUCUCAGUAAAGAGCCAGUUCUUUAUGAUCGAUUUAGGCAGCAGAUUCGCGACUACGAAGUGAAGGGAUAUGCACAUAAGGCUACAGAGAAUGAAAUUGCGACGACUGAUCCUGCGAAAUGUUGGUACUUGCCUUUGGGGAUUGUACUGAACCCAAAGAAACCGAAUAAGUUAAGGCUAAUCUGGGAUGCAGCGGCCACGGUCAACGGUGUUUCACUGAACUCUACAUUGCUAAAAGGUCCCGAUUUGCUGACAGGUUUGCCGUCGGUCAUGAGCACCUUCCGGCUAUAUCGCUUUGCCUUAACAGGCGAUAUAAAAGAGAUGUUCCAUCGCUUUGUCAUACGGACUCAAGACCGUCAGUAUCUAAGAUUUCUGUUUAGGGACAACCCAGACCAAGAGCCAGUGGUUUAUGUUAUGGACGUCGCUAUUUUUGGAGCUUCGUGCUCCCCAAGUAGCGCUCAAUACAUUAAAAACGUGAACGCCAAAGAAUUCGAAGCAAAAUUUCCACGAGCAGUAGCAGCCAUCGUUCAUCGUCACUACGUAGAUGACUACUUAGACAGUUUCGGGACGUCGGAGGAAGCCAUCAAAGUUGGAAAAGAGGUGAAGAAGAUUCAUGCAUACGGCGGAUUCGAAAUCCGAAACUUCUUGUCGAACGAUCCUGCGAUUGCAGCUCAAGUAGGAGAAGAAUCAUCUGCAGUUGAAAAAGAGAUCCGAUCGGAAAAAGAUGAGCGAAUCGAAUCAGUACUGGGCAUGAAGUGGAUACCGAGCAGUGAUACUUUUACCUAUACAGUUGCCCUUCGAGACAACCUCAAACACGUACUGGAGAAGUCUCAUGUUCCGACUAAACGGGAAGUCUUACGAACCGUGAUGAGUUUCUUUGACCCAUUGGGACUGAUUUCGUUUUUCCUGAUUCAUGGGAGAAUUUUGAUGCAGGAUAUAUGGGCGGAAGGUAUUGGAUGGGACGACAAAAUAACCGACAAGCUGAGAGUGAAAUGGAGAGAUUGGAUCGAUCUCGUUCCACAACUGAACGAUAUAAGAAUUCCGAGAUGCUAUUUUCUGGACGCUGUUGAGGAAACGUACUCAUCUUUACAAGUUCACGUCUUCGUUGACGCAAGCAGAUCCGCCUACGCUUGUGCAGUAUAUUUUCGAGUGGAAACGCCACAUGGGCCGGAGGUUCAGCUUGUAAAUGCAAAAUCAAAGGUAGCACCGUUGAAAAUGCAGACUGUUCCACGGCUUGAACUUCGAGCUGCUGUUCUAGGAUCUCGUCUACUUCAUAGUGUUUUAUCAAUGCAUGCUCUCCCAGUGGUAAAGCGUGUACUGUGGUCUGACUCUAGCACCGUGCUCGCUUGGAUUAGAUCGGACCAGCGACGAUAUCAUCAGUAUGUGGGGUUCCGAAUUGGAGAAAUUUUAACAUUGACCGAUGUUAGUGAAUGGAGAAAGAUUGGCUCGUCGUUGAACGUGGCUGACGAUGCAACUAAAUGGGGUUCCGGUCCAAGAAUCAGCUCAGACAACCGAUGGUUUCACGGACCAGAUUUUUUGAGGCAACCUGAAAAAUGUUGGCCAGGUAAGGAUGAACCAGUUGCUCCAACGAAUGAAGAGCUUCUUGUUUGUAAUGUACAUUGCAACAUACAGGAACCAUUGAUCGAUACAAACAGGUUCAGCACAUGGGUUAAGCUUCAUAGAAGUGUGGCUUAUGUACUCAGAUUUGUCAAAAAUAUUAAAUCCUUGAAAAGGAACAAAAUGUUGGAUGUCGGAUAUCUGACACAAGAUGAAUUGAUGAGCGCGGAACAAUUAUUAUGGAGACAAGCACAGAGAGAGAUAUUUGCAUCAGAGAUAAGCAUUCUAGAAACAACCAUGGGAGAACCUGAAGAUAGACAUCGAAUCCUGCCAAAGUCUAGUGCAAUCUACAAGCUUUGGCCGUUCAUGGACAAGAACGGAGUCAUACGCAAACGUAAUCGGUUGGGCAACGCAGAAUGGAUACCGUAUAAGACCAAGUACCCGGUUAUAUUACCGAGCAAACAUCCAAUCACUUUUCUUAUAGUCGACUCAUUCCAUCGUCGCUUUCGUCAUUGCAAUCGGGAAACCGUCGUGAACGAGCUGCGGCAACUUUACGAAAUCCCAAAAUUAAGAUCACUGGUGACAAAAGUUUCGGAAAGUUGUAUUUGGUGUAAAGUUCUUCGUGCACAUCCAAGCCCGCCACCAAUGGCACCGUUGCCAAAAGUCCGAUUGACGCCAUAUAUACGGCCGUUCACUUACGUAGGAGUUGACUAUUUUGGUCCAGUGCCAGUAAAGCUCGCUCGAACCAUCGUCAAGAGGUGGAUAGCUCUUUUUACUUGCCUGACUAUUCGCGCUGUGCACCUGGAAGUUGUUCACAGUCUAUCGAAGGAAUCUUGUGUCAUGGCAAUAAGAAGAUUCGUAUCCCGACGUGGUGCACCGGCGGAGAUAUUCAGCGAUAAUGGGACAAAUUUUCAUGGAGCGAACAAUCAACUGAAGCGCGAAAUAGAAGACCGAAACAAUCAUUUAGCUGCGACCUUCACGAACACAACAACUCGUUGGAAUUUUAACCCACCAGGCGCGCCACAUAUGGGAGGUGCGUGGGAACGAAUGGUUCGCUCAGUGAAGACUGCAAUAGGCACCAUACUGGAAGCCCAACGACGUCCAGAUGAUGAGAUUCUGGAGACCGUGAUCAUUGAAGCGGAGGCGAUGAUAAACACGAGACCGUUGACGUACAUUCCUCUGCAAUCAGCCGAUCAGGAAGCUUUAACCCCCAACCAUUUUCUUCUGGGUAGCUCAGAUGGAGUUAAACAGCAUACCGUUAUGCCUACGAAUUAUCGAACAACUUUGAAUAGCGGAUGGAAACUUGCUCAACACUUGUCGGAUGGUAUAUGGAAGAGGUGGAUCAAGGAAUAUUUGCCGAUCAUAUCGAGACGUUCAAAAUGGUUUGAAGAUGUAAAGGAAAUCGAGGUAGGAGAUCUGGUGCUGAUUGUGGAUAGUACUGUACGGAAUCAGUGGAUAAGAGGCAAGGUGAUCAAAGUCGUCAAAGGAAAGGAUGGACGUAUCCGACAAGCCUUAGUGCUGACAACUAAUGGAAUCGUCAGACGACCGGUUGUUAAGUUGGCGCUGCUAGACGUCGUAAGAGAAGGUAAACCGGAAGAAGAUUGACUAGAUGGUUUACGGGAGGGGGAAUGUGACGUCGAGCACCCCUCGGCGUCCAACAGUGCCCAAUAGAUACGGGCGCAUUUCGGGCAACAAUGCAGGAUGUGAUUAUCAAGAGACGUCAUUGUUAGUGACGAGGCAGAAUUGAACGAUCAAUCGAACAAGUGAAGCUAGUGCUGGAGAGCGUUUUCUUAAAGUGCAUAUUCAUUUAUAUGGCAAGCUUAUAUUGAUUUUAAGAUUAGGUAGAUACAGUGGAAUAGAAAGGGUAACCUAGUUUAACCAAUAUUCAUCUAACCUAAAAUUACAAUUCACAUUGUCGAAAUUAGUACGGAGGAGAAACUGUAAAAUUUUAAAGCUGAUCCAACUUGAACGGCGUUUACAAACGGG